CUUUGUUCUCAUUCUCUUCGAGUAUAUCAUUUGCAUUGUGUGCGUAAUAUUCCACAAGAGUAUAUAAUGAAACGAUGGACAAAGGCUGCCAUGUGUAGUCAUGGUAUUGAAGAACCUACUUUGAGGACAAAUGUUGUGGCUACUAGUGUUUGGAGGUCACAAACAAUCAGAAAGUUUGUUAAGUUGAUAACAAGUUGUCAGAAUUCUUUGAAUGCAAGGGCAGAGGUUGAGUGUUAUUUCAAUCUGUUAAAAGAAAAGGUUGAGAGUGUAUCAGGUGUAAUUGACUUUAGUGAACCUGUUAAAGAGGUUGAAAUUGUUGAUCUUGAGAUCAAGAAUCCUCCAAAAGCUAGGCCUAAAGGUGAGAGGAAUGUAAGGCCUAAGAGUACCUUGGAGAAGCAGUGUAACAAGGCAAAGGGUAAUUUCAAGAGGAAAAAGUCUCUGUACACUCCUUACAAAAGGGGUAUAGGGCAAGCAGUUGUACAGGAACUUGAUGAGAACGGUUGUGCUGUUACUUAUGCUAAUUCUAUUAGUGAUCCCAUUGAAUUGAUUGUUUUGAGCAAUAAACGGGCUCAGGUCGGCUUAAAAUCAGCUGUUGUAGAAGAAAUUCCUUCUAGUUCUAAGGAAUCAAAUCAUAGUAUUUCCAAUGAUUUUGAUCAGGCUACUGGUGAAAGCUCUCUUUCAUCUAUCAUAUCUAUUGAUGUUGAUAUUUCAUCUAUUGCUAAGGCGAAGGAUUUAAAUCUUGAAGGUGUUUCUGCUGUUCAACCUUGUUCUAAUUUUGGUGCAAAUGAAGGUGCUUCUGGUGUUAAAACUUACUCUCAAAUUAAUCCAAGAGUUCCAAUUCAUACUAGUGCGUCAACAAAAUCUCCUGUUGUUAUUCAACCUACUGUUCCCAGGAAUGUUCAAAAUCAAACUCAGAAUUGUUCAAACACCAAUCCAGAAAUGAUCAUAUCCAACUCCAGGAAUGUUCAAUCAACAAAUGUUCAAGUUAUUUCUCCUACGGUUCAAAUAAAUGAUCAAGGAUUUCCUGUUCAGAAUGUUCAAGUUACUCCUCCCACAGUUCAAAGAAAUGAUCAAGGUGCUCGUGUUCCAAUUCUUCAAUCAAGAAAUGUUCAAUUAGGUUCUAAAAAGAUUUCUUCUAAAUAUGAUAGGUUGUUAGCCUUUUUUGAUACAAGUGUAGCUAAACGUUUGGCUAAUAAAGAUAAAUAAUUAGUAUUCCAGAACUUUAUAAA